CGGCAGCCGGCAGCGGGCGGCGGCACGGGCGGGACGGCGCCGGGGCGGUGAGGGUGAGGUGAGGAAGAGGCAGGAGAACAGUGAGACACAGGACAAAGAUCCCAUCUUCCCUGCAGCCUCCCCUGGCCUCGGGCAGCUCCCUGUGAGCUGAUGUGCAGGUCGUGUCCCCACAGCAGGUGCCCGAGGUGCUGAUGUGACACCCACCACUGGUUGCCAGGACCAUGGGGAAACUGCAGAGUAAAAUCAGCUUCCACACCACUAAAUACAGGGCCGAUAGCUCCGUGGGACAGGCGGGACCCGCUGGUGCCUCCCGGCAGCACAGCCCCGCUCACACUGAUGCUGUCACCUCUGUGGCUGCCCUCAAACCAGACCUGUGUGUGUCAGGGGGAAGGGAUAAGAGUGUGGCUGUGUCCAGCUGGAGGUCUGGGGCUGCCCUGCGCCGCUUCACUGGCCACGAGCGUGAGGUCACCAAGGUCACCUCAGCCCUUGACUCCAACAGAGUCUUCAGCGCAUCCCGGGACAAGACAGUGAUGAUGUGGGAGCUUCACGGGACUUCGGGGCCAAGCCAGCACUUCCCAGGGCAUGACCUGGUUGUUACGGGACUGGCUGUGAGCCCAGACGCCUCCCAGCUGUGCACGGGCUCCCGGGACAACACUGUGUGCAAGUGGGACACCGAGACUGGGGAGUGUCUGGGCAGAGCUGCAAUCUCCAGGAACCUGGUCACACACCUGUGCUGGGUUCCUGGGGAGCCUUAUGUCAUCCAGACCUCAGAGGAUAAAACCACCAGGGUGUGGGACAGCCGGGAGCUGCAGGUGGCCCACACGUUCCCAGCCAAGCAGCACAUCCAGACGUGCUGUGACGUGAGCCAGGACGGGCGGUACUGCCUCAGCAGCAGCAGCGGCUCCGCCGGCCACGGCGCCGAGGCCACCCUCUGGGACCUGAGGCAGACCAGGGGCCGAGUGUGUGAGUACAAAGGGCAUUUCCAGACCACCACCUCCUGUGUCUUCCUGCCCCGGGGCCCCACGUUCGCCCCCAGCAUUGCCACAUCCUCCAGCGACAGCACAGUGAAGGUCUGGGACCAAGGCACUGCAGCCUGCCUGGCCACGCUGUGCCUGGAGGGCUCGGGCCCGCUGGCGUCGCUGGCUGCCUGCGACAGCUCCACCCUGCUCUGCGCCAGCUCCAACUCCGGCAUCCACGUGCUCCGUGUGAGGGGCGGCGCAGAGCUGGCCCUGGAGGAGGUGGCAGCGUUCUGAGCACCCGAACGCCGUCAGACACUGUCCCAGGAGGAGGUGGCAGCGUUCUGAGCCCUGACAGUGGGCAGCAGGGACUCUCUGCCUGUGGGGCAUGGCAGCAGGGCUGGGGGAGUUGCUGGUUGGUUUGUGGGUGACAGGGAGGCAUCAGAGCUGUGCAGGAGAAAAGUCAUACCCUGGGAGCCUUCAGGGCAAGCUCUUGCUCCUGACUGAGCAUCCUGCAUUUUCCUUACAAAGCCUCCCUGCAGCCAGCAGGGAGCCUCCCAGCACGGGCUGGGCAGAGGGAGGAGGUGAGACACCAGGACCAAUGGACUUAAGAACCAGGCUGAGCACACACAGCUGGACCUGGGCUUGGACCACAGGACACUGCAAUGAAAUAAUUCUUCUGUGUUAGUUGCUGGCCUCUCAUUCCAUCACAUUUUCCCUGGGAGGAACUGUGCUCAUGUUCCCAAGGAACAGACAGCUGCUCUCCAGCUGACAACAGGGAGGUGAAUCUGUCUUCUCUUUAUUCCUGAAGGUUUUCAUCUGAGCUGGAAGGGACCCACCAGGAUCACCCAGCCCAGCUCCUGUCCCUGCCCAGACCCCCCAGCAACCCCACCCUGGGCAUCCCUGGCAGCGCUGGCCAAAGGCUCCUGGAGCUCU